ACGGCACACAACCAACAUACGUGACAGUCACUUCAGGCGGGAUACAUGACCAGAAGAUCUCUGCGCCCAGGGCAGAAAUCCAUCUCGUCUUUUUUUUUUUGUUGUUCUGUAGUUCAGUUUAAAGAUUCUCUGCUCCUCUGUUUACUGUAGCUGGAAGUAUAGGCUGUAUACGAAACCAAGGAUUUCAGUAUUUGCUCAACAGCUGGAGAGCUUUAGAUGAGGACAGUAUGUGUUUUUUUGUGUGUGUGUCCCAGUUGGAGGAUGAGCUCGGUGGAGAUGGGGAGAGGCAACGUGGUGAGCUUGUUCAGCUGUGCAAGGGCUCGGAGGGUUAAAUCCUGCCGAGGCUCUCUCACACACACAAUGUGACCGUGGGCUCCUUCUCACAUACACACAAUGAGGCUAACUCGCCUGGGGCUGGGGCCGGGGCCACGGGCUCUUGGUUCUCACACUCUGAACCAGUACUUCAUGUCAGCCUGGGACUCAGACUCAGUCCCUAUCACGGUGCUCAGAGUGGCUGGCCGCUCCACUGCUCCAUCAUCCUCUUCCUUUCAACAUCUCCAUACUUGAAAAUAUGAGGAUCCAUGGAGUCCAACUGCUGAAAUCAUCAGACCUUGGACGCCAUAGUCUGCUCUAUCUAAAGGAGAUUGGACAUGGCUGGUUUGGCAAGGUUCUGCUGGGUGAGGUCAAUGCAGGCCUCAGCACCACCCAGGUGGUGGUGAAAGAGCUGAAGGCCAGUGCCAGCGUCCAGGAUCAGAUGCAAUUUCUUGAAGAGGUCCAGCCAUACCGGACCCUCCAGCACCCUGCCCUCUUGCAGUGCCUGGCACAAUGUACAGAGGUCACUCCUUUUCUGUUGGUCAUGGAGUUUUGCCCUAUGGGUGAUCUGAAGAGUUACCUCCACAGCUGUCAAGUAGCUGAUUCUGAGACUCCUGACCCUUUGAUCCUCCAGAGAAUGGCAUGUGACAUUGCCUCAGGGCUUCUGCACCUUCACAAAAACAACUUUAUUCACAGUGACCUGGCCUUGCGAAACUGCCUGUUAACUUCAGAAAUGUCGGUUAAGGUUGGAGACUAUGGGCUUUCUCACAGCCGGUACAAGGAUGACUAUUAUAUAACACAAGACCAGAUUUGGGUACCUCUGCGCUGGAUUGCACCUGAACUCAUAGACGAGGUCCAUGGAAACCUGUUGGUUGUUGACCAAACUAAAAGCAGUAACAUAUGGUCAUUCGGGGUGACUUUGUGGGAGCUGUUUGAGCUGGGAAACCAGCCGUACAGACACUACUCUGACAGACAGGUCUUGACAUAUGCUGUGAAGGAACAGCAGCUUAAACUACCAAAACCUCAGCUCCAGUUCCCCCUGGCUGACCGCUGGUAUGAGGUAAUGCAGUUCUGUUGGCUGCAGCCAGAGCUGAGACCCAGCAGCGAGGAAAUACACCUUCUGGUCACAUAUUUGUGUGCCAAAGGCUCCAGUGAAGCUGAAGAAGACUUUGAGCAACGCUGGAAUGCCUUGAGACCCAACUUGCUUGGCAGCACCUCUCACACAGCCACAUCCACAGCCCUAGUCCUAACCCCUACACCAGCCUCAGCCGGUGCCCCUAGUACAGACCAAACUCAGGCAGUGGAGCUGGCCUCCUCUGCCUCAUCCUCCUUCCCCCUCUUGGAGCACUUCUCUGACAGCUUCCAGUCUGACACGGGUGAUGACCUACUGACUGUCACAGAGACCAGUCAUGGUCUCAACUUUGAAUACAAAUGGGAGCAAGCCCGAGCUGAACAGCCCUACUGCUCCUCCUCCACCAGUGGUCCACUGGGCCAAGGGAACCCAUACUACCAGGAUAUCUACUAUUCAAGCAAAGGAAGCACCACAGGAGGCUGCAAGACUGAUAGCCUUACCUCAAGCAUGUCCCCAUCCUAUUAUGAACCCCAACACCCGAGUGUUGUCCCUGUGUUGAGUGCCCACAGCCCCUCAGUCAGCAGUGAGUACUACAUUCGCAUAGAGGAACCAGUAGAGUGUAACAUUAACUUGGAUGACAGCAUUGUGGACUAUAGCCCAGGAUUAGAAGCCAGUAAUAGCAGAUUGUUAUCUGAGAGUCAAGAGAGUUUGUCCACAGCACAGCCCAGUACUUACUGGUCAACUGCUGACAACACCAAAUCCACAGCAUAUGACUCUGAUUCAAGUCCCACUAUCCAACUAACCAAGGAGCCACUGCUCAGACACACACCCAGCACAAGCCCUCCACAAUUAAGCCACUCCCAAAAUUGCCUUUCAUCCAGUCGCAACGACUCUUCUGAAAGGCCAGCAGAGUCUCAAUCAAAGGAGCAGUUAGAGACCCCACGCAGUUUAUCACAGGCAGUCAGUAGCCCCAGCCUAGGGUUCUGUGAUCCCUACCUUGAAGCAUACACAAAUCAUAGCACAGUUAAUGAAAGCUGCCAUAAUGUGGUGGGUCCUCUCAGAAAGAGACUAUCCAUUGUUAACCACAUUGGCAUUGAUGCAGGAACAGUUGAUGGUGUUAUUUUGGGUCAACAGAGAAGCGGAGAAAUUGAGGAUGACCUUUUCUCUGAGGGAGAGGCCCCUAACUGGAUCUCAAACCAUUCUGCAAACAAUAAUAGCCUGAGCUUUGACACAAGGCAGACAGGCAGUGGAAAUGACAGCUAUCUGGAUCUUCAGUAUACUGGUCAGUCAAACACAACAGAGUUAUGGUCUUUAACCAAAGCCACUACCAGAACCUUCCAUAGCUCCAGGUCUUGUGGGACCUUGGAGGGAGGAGGAAGCAGCUCUGACUGCAAUGCUUGUAGCAAGCCAGCUGAAUUAAGCUCGUACAUUCACUUAUGCCACAAAGAAAAAGAGGAAGAUGCCAUUCAAGUGGAAAGAAAUGUAACUGCAGAUAAUGUGCAAGGUACCAAUUCUCUCACAGGCUCAAGAAUAAAUACCAGAGGUACAGAGGAUGGAAAAUAUGAAAUGCAAUCAUUGCUUAAUGAAGAGAGAAUAUAUUCUGAAAUGACACCUGAGGCAAGCUACAUAAAAUCACCAUCCUCUUUUAGGGAGCCUCAGACUGGUCAAGCAGUACCCGUGUCAGAUAAGCAGAGAUGUAACAUCUGGGAGGGUGUUUCAACAGGAGUAUCUUUUGAUCUGAGUGACAAGAAGCUAAACUAUGCAGAGACACCAGAGAGAAGCAGAACAUUAGAUAGUGGAGUUGUGGUAAGAGACUCCAGCAUUUGCCUGGUUGAACUUGGUGACUACAGUGAGGAAGAAGAUGAUAUCACAGAUAUUACAUCAGGAAUCUUUGCUGACUUCAACCUUGACUAUGCUGAGAUAGAGGAGGAAGACCUCAGCCCACAGAAGAAACCAGAGGGACCUCCUGACUCUUUGGACACCAACAACCUGUUGUCAUCAAUGGCAAGUCCCUUAAGCCCUGAUCCCUUCAAUAUCCCAGUCCUGCCCAAAUCCUUGGAUAGUGGCUACGACACAGAGAACAACGAAUCUCCAGAAUUUAUUUUUAAAGAGCUUGGAGAUCCCCUGGGUGGUGAGAGGAGCCCUAGGCUGGGUGGAGAAUCUGAACUUGUUUUGCAGGUGGGUUUAGGACAAGGGGUCUGCACUUCCACAUGCAACUCAGAGCUACAGUUAAAAGGCCUGACUGAAAAGAACCCAUACAGGGACUCAGCCUAUUUUUCUGACUAUGAUGAGAGGAGUCCUCAGGAGAAGGGCAGUAAUUUCUUUGCAGGUCCACGUAACUGUUGCCCCCCUGCUGAGAAACUGAGCUUUUUAGGAGAUAAUCAUGCUGUAGAAAAGAAGUUUAACAAUGGGGAAACUGUAACAAAUCUGAGACACAUCAAAAGUUGUGUUUUGGUGAAUCUCCCAGAGGCUGACAAUAGUUCAUCCCACUCUCUUCCCACACCUGGAUUGUCUAUGCUGUCACCGUUUCCUCCACAGAUGGGGGGCUGCCUGACCAAAGAGUCUGCCCCUGCGGAUGAUGAUCUUGGGUUGGAGACAGAACACUCAGGAGACGAACCUUCCACAGAGCUUAACUUCUCCAUUGGAUCUGAGCCAAAUUCCAAUGUCCAGGAGGCCCAUGAAGAGGAGAGCAGGAGACCAGAAGACUGCUCCAAUUCCCAGUCAUUGCAUUCUGGCUCCACAAUAACCAACAAUGACAAAGAUAAGUCCCCCAAAGAAAAUGAAAAUAGUGAUGGAUCCACAGAGGAGGAGGAGCUACCUGAAUUCAGUCACGUCAACGAGGAGACAGAUGACAGAAAGGAUGGCGUGAGAAUAAAUGAAGAAGAAUUCGAGGACAUAGAUGCAGAGGAAUGUGACUCACAAGACAGUUUAUGUGAAGAAUCCAACGGUCCUCUUGAUCUGUCAACUUCCUCAUCAUUGCUGGAGCUUUGUGGAGAGGAUGUAAGAGCUCCACUGGAGCAGGCAGAGGAUGAAGAUGACUCAGAUGACAGUGAGUCUGACGAAGAGCUGAGGACCUACAACAUUCAAGAUGAAGACAGUGAGGAGAGUGAGGAGGAUUUCACCACAGUGCCAGUGGUGGUAAGUGACUGCAGCAGAGCUAGACACCUCCGCAGCCUCCUGAAGAUGCCCAGCCUACUCACCGAGUCCUUCUGUGAGGAGUUGGAGAGGAAGAAAAAAGCUGUGUCUUUUUUUGAUGAUGUGACAGUGUUCCUUUUUGACCAGGAGAGCCCCACAGGAGAGCUGGCUGACUAUUCCUUCUCAACAGGAGUAGAGUCCAGUGGGCAGGAAACAUCAGAGACAAAAACCUUUGACCAGCAGCUCCAGCCUGACCCUGAUUCAGAAGCUCAGUCGUGUGAAUCAUACUGUGUUUCUAAACAAACAGAUGGAAACAACUUAGAAGAGGGUGGGAAUUGCCAAUUUGAAGAUGACCUCUCCUUUGAGCCCUGUCCAUCCUCACCUGUCACCACACUUGAGCCCGCGUUAACACCCACUUCUCUCUCCAACAGUCCCGAGACACCUAAACCAGCUGCUGUAGCACUUAAUCGUUUCAUGGUGUCACGAUUCUCUAUCACACAUGUUUGUGACUCCCACAUGAGCUCAGCAACAGGAAACAGUGACGAUAGUCCAAAAGACUGAGGGGCCCUGCCACCACGACGAGAGAAGGUUGAUUCAGGUCCUUCUCAUCACAGAAAAGCAGCAUUAUUAUAUCUAGAUGUUUUACAGAGUUUUAUUUUUUAAUCGACCUUUGGGGCAUCUGACCCUGGUGACCCUUUAUGAGACAGUGCCUCAUAUUGUAGUGAAGUACCCCCGAAUGAUUUGCACACUAUUAUUAUUAUUAUUUUAUUUAUUUUUGAUGAAGAAGGAGCAAUAGCUGCACGGAUGGUAACCUGAAGUGGACACAAAGUGAAGCGUUAUUGUCUGCAGAAAUAGAAAUGCUAGUUUUGACACGCAGUAUUUAUUUGCUAAAUGCAGCAUCAAUUCCUUUUUGUGAUCUUAUAUUUCUUUCAAUUUGUGAAUUAUAAAAUAAUUCCCC